AAAUAAGCAGCCGGACUGAGAAGUGUCUGGAUGCUUAAAACUGGUGAAUUUACUUACCCAGAUUGGCAAAAGCAAGUUUCCUGACAUGAAGAUUGUAGCAGCUAUUCUGCUACUUUGUGGCUUAUCCUUAGCUCAAGAUUGUGGGCCUGGAUGGACUUUACGACCGGGGACAACACUAUGCUAUCGUCUCGAAAAGGUCGGGAAAACGUACCCCAAUGCCAGAGACGCAUGCGUUGGGUUUGGUGGACAACUAACCUCCGUCACUGAUUUAGUCGAGAAAGCCUACAUAUCAGAAAUGUCAAAGACCAUAAACGUGGAUAUUUGGAUCGGGUUGACGGACGAACUUGGUCAAGGUAUCUGGAGAUGGCAAGAUGGCUCUUGCAUGUCUUUUGUAGACUGGAUCACAGGUGAACCAAAUUACGGAAAUGGCGGGCGAGAGUGUGUUCGUCUGCGAACGUUCACCAGAUAUGAUAAUAAGUGGGAUGACGUCAGAUGUACUAAUAUCUUCGCGUAUAUCUGCAGAAAAGAUCUAGCUCCUCCGUCUCAACCAAACACGGAAUGUGACGAUGCAUGUAAAGCUACGGCUAACUGUAUAGGAUACGCCUUUAAAGACAAUGCGUGCACGCUUCACGUGAAGACGGUGACUGGGACUACGAAUGGUGUACAGACGACAAUAGUGAAAUGUGUUAAUCCGUCGGCUGGUCCAACUGAGGCGCCCCCUACCGGUCCAACUGAUCCCCCACCUUCUUAUCCAACUGACCCCCCAGCUACGGGUCCUAAUGACCCGACAACUACUUGUCUAACGGACCCCCCAGCUACAAACGCCACGGAUCCACCAACCGCUGAACCAGCUACACCAGCGCCAAACACCCCUCCUAACCCCCCAGCAACUGUGCCCCCUCCCUUUCCACCUGCACCAGCGACCACCACCAGAGCACCAGCAACUAGAGCCCCAGCUACGCCCGCUCCAAAUCCCCAAAGACCACGCAGGAGACGUAGAAACAGAUGGCCGAGUUACGGGCGAAGAUUCCCGAACCGACGUUGGUGGCCCGGAUAUCUAAACCCAAGUGACGACUGGUACGACGACCAAGGGUAUGACAUUCUAUCUGAUAAUCGCCUUCUGUCGUGGGCUCGCAAACGCUUGCGUGAGCUUCAAGCAAGCAUGAGGGACCGAUUCGACGACUUUGACCAAUAUGGCCGGUCAGGUUGUAAAGCGCCCGGCAAAACCAACUUCGUCGUCGUGAAUAACUGAGGCCUUACGUCUCUAGACGGUCAUCACUAUUAAGUCAAAGAUAUUUUAAAGAACAAAUUUUAACUGAUGAAGAAAUAUAUACCAAUAAAUCAAUUAAAUUACUUUGAUUUUAUUUCAUGCAACUUUUAGAAAAGAAAGUCAAAAAUUUUAUUUAUGUUAAUUGAUAAUCCAGAUUGAUAUAUUUUUAAGAAUUGAAAACGUUUUGAACUUCUAACUAUA